GAUGCCGCCAUGCAGCACUACGGGGUAAAUGGCUACUCUCUACAUGCUAUGAAUUCACUCAGCGCCAUGUACAACCUGCACCAGCAGGCAGCCCAGCAGGCUCAGCAUGCCCCGGACUACCGGCCAUCGGUGCAUGCACUUACACUGGCUGAGCGUCUCGCUGACAUCAUCUUGGAGGCCCGCUAUGGCUCCCAGCACCGCAAACAACGUCGUAGUCGUACAGCAUUCACAGCCCAGCAGCUUGAGGCCCUGGAGAAGACCUUCCAGAAGACUCAUUACCCAGAUGUGGUGAUGCGUGAGAGGCUGGCCAUGUGUACCAAUCUGCCUGAGGCCCGUGUGCAGGUCUGGUUCAAGAACCGCAGGGCCAAGUUCCGAAAGAAGCAGCGCAGCCUGCAGAAAGAACAGCUCCAGAAGCAGAAGGAGGCCGAGAGCUCCCAUGGAGAAGGCAAGAUGGAGGUCCCAGCCUCAGAUACCCAGCUGGAGGCAGAACAGCCCCCCAGUCUGCCCAAUGGUGAUCCCCCUGCUGAGCUUCAACUGAGCCUGUCUGAGCAAUCAGCCAGUGAGUCAGCCCCUGAAGAUCAACCGGACCGUGAGGAGGACUCCCGGGCUGGGGCGGAGGAGCCCAAAGCUGAAAAGAGCCCUGGAUCUGAGAGCAAGGUGCUGGGCUGCAAGAGGGGCAGCCCCAAGGCAGAUUCCCCAGGCAGUCUGCCCAUAACUCCUGCAGCGCCAGCGGGAGGCCUUCUCGGCCCCACCCAUUCCUACUCCUCGUCCCCGCUCAGCCUCUUCCGUCUACAGGAGCAGUUUCGCCAGCAUAUGGCAGCCACCAACAACCUGGUGCACUACUCGUCUUUUGAAGUGGGAGGCCCGGCGCCUGCUGCAGCUGCAGCUGCAGCUGCUGCGGUACCCUACCUAGGUGUCAACAUGGCCCCACUGAGCUCACUGCACUGCCAGUCCUACUACCAAUCCCUGUCAGCCGCGGCUGCUGCCCACCAGGGUGUUUGGGGGUCCCCACUGCUGCCGGCGCCCCCUACAGGCCUGGCCCCUGCUUCAGCUGCCCUGAACAGUAAAACCACAAGCAUCGAAAACCUUCGCCUCAGGGCCAAGCAGCACGCAGCCUCCCUGGGACUAGAUACACUUCCCAACUGACUGUCUGGCUUCCAACCCCACCGUGGUCUUGUGUGUUCCCCUGUGUCAGUCCCAUGGUGAUUCCCAGAAGGCUCUCCAAGAACUAAUCGUGAGAGAUCAGGGAUGCUGGGGUUUGGAGUCCUCUCACCCCGUGUC